AUGGCGAACAUCAUCAGCCACAAGAGCCAAUUUGUGGUGGGAGGCAAGUACAAACUGCUGAGGAAGAUCGGGUCAGGAGGCUUUGGGGAGAUUUACCUUGCGAUUAACAUCACCGACGGCAGGCAGCUGGCCGUGAAGUUAGAAUCGCAGACUGCCAACAGUCCAAAACUGCUGGAAGAGAGCAAACUGUACACGAUUCUUCAGGGUGGGGUUGGCAUCCCUCGCAUCAAGUGGCAGGGCCAGGAAAACGGCCAUAAUCUGCUAGUCAUGGAUCUUCUUGGGCCCAGCCUCGAAGACCUCUUCAAUAUGUGUUCUCGAAAGUUUACGCUGAAAACCGUGCUUAUGUUGGCAGACCAGAUGAUCAGUAGAAUUGAAUAUGUGCACAAGAAGAAUAUCAUACAUGGGGACAUUAAGCCGAGUAACUUUCUAAUGGGCACUGGCUGUCACUGUGAAGCAUUUCAGCUCUUCCUUAUUGAUUUUGGUCUAGCCAAAAAAUACAGAGACAAAAGGACAAACCAGCACAUUCCAUACAGCAAGAGUAAGAAGUUCACUGGCACCCCUCAAUAUGCUAGCAUCAACGCACUUUUCCGUGUUGAGCAGAGUCGCCGAGAUGACAUGGAGUCUAUAGGCUAUGUUUUGAUGUAUUUUAAUAGAGGCAACCUGCCCUGGCAACGACUGAAGGCUGAAACGGCCAAUCAAAUGCUUGAAAAAAUUCGUGAAAAAAAGAUGUCCGUGCCUGUUGAAGUUCUGUGUCAGGGGUUUCCUGAUGAGUUCGCCACCUAUUUGAACUACUGUCGUGCGCUGCAGUUUGAGGAAGCCCCCAAUUACAUAUAUCUGAGGCAGCUUUUCCGCAAGCUCUUCAGGACCAAGCACUACAAAUAUGACUACACCUUUGAUUGGAAUGUGUUAGCGGAGAGAGAAGCAGAGCAGGCAGCAUCUUCCAACAAGGGGCAGCAGACUCAGAGCCUUAAAGGCAAGCAAACCUAUAAGAGCAAGAGUAACAUAAAAGGUUUCUAA